AUUUUUGGCCCAAAAAUUAAAUCAAAAGUUUUGUGCGAGCAAUAAAAUAAAUUUUAAUUUUCGGGAAUUUUUUCGGCAACUAGUCGUGUGAGUCCUCGGCAGCCUAAACCUCAAGGAUAAUAAAGCCUCAACAACCGUAGCAGCCUUUUCUUUUGGAAUUCGAUUUCGGAAAAUAAAUAUGUGCGCUUGGAUCUGGUCGGUUGAGGUUAGCAAGUGAGAGUAGCUGAGACAGUUGGAAGCCAUACAGGAGGUAGUUGAAGAACCCAACGACUAUAAGGAAGUGACCCUUUCAGGACGAGACUGUCGGUUAGAACAGUUAGAGGACUAAGUAGAACUUCCAGGCCAACAUGGGCAAGAAGGGUAAAGGCAAGGGAAAGGGAAAGAAGCCAGCGGCAGCGGUACUACCCGUGGAGGCACCACCGUGUCCCCCAUGCCCGGAGCUGCCCAAGCAAAUGCAGCCGCUGGACUCCUGCCCGGAGUCUAGCGGGCCGCACGACGUGCUCCGUGCACAGCCGAAUCAUUAUCCGGCCCUGUUGCGUAUUCCGGAGACCAUGGCUGUGGUGGGAUCGGAAAACGGAUGCUACGACAGCAUCUGUAAGCUGCUGAGGGCCGGAUUCCGGUGUGCCGAGCGCGUUUUUGUGAUGGCACCCUGGGGCAACUAUGUGGUGUUCCGCUAUCACAACAAUAACGACUUCAUCUACUUCCUGUUCGAUGGCUGCACCUGCGACGUGAAUAGGUUCCGGUAUCUGGAUCUCAGCUGCGGCACCGCCGGCUUCCUCUUCUUCGACAAUAUGCACGACGUCAUCAGCUACAUCAUCCAGUCCCGCAAGACCCGACUCUAUCUGGAGAACCUUAACAAGAUCGCUAUCGACCAGAUCGUGGAGGAGUACGGAGCCGUCACCUAUACCCAGAAGGCCAAGUGUAUGCGGUUUGCUUAGUCCUUGCCUUACUAACCACUGGUCCUCCCGGAUGACUUCUUUCGGCGAACCACUAUUUUCGGAUUUGGAACGCAAACAAGCCUCUCGACUAGUAGUUAGCCUCGAUCCCGAUUAUCACCCGGCAUCGCACAAACUUUGGCACACUUAUAUCACAGUAAAAGUUUUGGAAUUCAGUUUAAAA